AUUUAUUUUUUAACAGACACAGUAUGGCCGCAGAAGAAAACAAACAAGAGACCGAGGCGAAGCUGCCGCUGGCAAAGAUGUCUUCUGUUAAAUCAAAGCUUAAAAUCAACUAUUGUUGCAUUACCAAGGAGUAUUACAGCGAAUAUACAAAUUUAGUUGACUCACUUCACAUUUCACCGCGUGUGAUAACACAUAAGCAAGUAUUCAGAAAAAACUGUACCUUCGCCUUGAACUUAAAUAUACGAAACAGCGGCCUGUAUCCACGCUUGAUUAAACUGUCUACAGAUAGUCCGGAAGACACAACCAUAAACGUACCAAAUCUGGAGAUAAAUCGUUUUCUUGGCACCGAUCAGACACUGGAAGUGAAGAUUGCGAUACACAGUAAAUCGUCCAAAGAGAUCAAUCGACGCCGUCAUAUACUUAUUGAGUGCUUCCACCCAAAUAUUAUAUUUCAAGUGCCAAUUAUUGUGCUGAAGAACCUAGAGGAGCCAUCUAUAUGCGAAAACUUUGUUUUCCCGGCCUGCGUACCUGUGGCUCCGAACAAAAGCUACUUUGAAAUGAUCAUAUUUAAUCCCACAAAAGAUCCUGUGAAAUUGAUCUUUAGAAACACCUUUCGUGGACUCACGAUGAACACUCAGAGCAAUACAAUAUUGCCCGCCUAUGACUUUAUGAAGGUUCUGUUAACAUUGGAGCCGCGAAAACUCCAUGUCUAUAAGGGAUUUUUCAAUGUUAAAUUUGGACUAUCUCCUCCGAAAUCGGUGGUUUUUGAAUUCACGCCUAAAUCAAUGGGCGUUAAUGUUAGCGCCGGCUACAUACGAUUCGGCCAACAGAAGUUCAUGCAGAGGGAGGACCGAACCGUCACGAUAUGCAAUGAGAGCUCCCAUCUCAUUAAUUUAGCAUGGACUUUUCAAACUGACGCCACUGUGAAGUUCAAUACAGCUGCCGAAGAGCUGCCUAAGAAACCGUCUGAGGAUGCUGUCAGCAUGCACAGCAUCCUAUUGUUUGAGUUCGACGAGGACGCAGUCUCGCAUAAUGCCAUAAGUGAAAUGGCGGCUGCGAAACAUUUCAUCGUCGAGGCACCUACAACAAUCGGUGCAGGUAGUGCUUAUGAAGUUGUUAUAGGAUUUCAGCCGCUAGAAGACCCAGAAGUACCGUUUUCAGAUGAAACGGAUCCGCCCUAUUUUCAGCGUUCGAAGGUGUCCUUUUGUUUCACGGAUGCCGAGGAGUGCAUCGAAACGCAUUAUAUAACGAUUGCCGGCGAGAUUCUUGGAAUCGAAGUUGAGGUAUUCCCGAAAAUUAUUGACUUCCGAAAGAUCUAUUUGGGCGAAGAGCAUUGCGCGCAAAUAAAAAUACUGAACUCAGAUGCUAUGCAUGCGACGGUGCGAUUCAAAGACUAUCAGGACGUCGCCCAAGGCGGUGUGCACAUCACGCCCACGGACGGAUUUACCUUGGAGCCGUGCACACGUGGUAUUUUCCAUUUGUCUUUUUACUCCGUAACCCCCACCCGUUUUUCCAUAACACUGCGCUUCAAGGUCAACAACGGACCGCACUACAAGGUGUUCAUCAGAGGCAUAGGCCAAUAUGUGCAGCUCCGCACAUUCCCCCAACUCGUCGAGUUUGGCAGUAUUCCCAUUGCAGUGCCCCAGAAACGAUAUAUGCUGCUAAUGAAUCCACUGGCCGUGCCUAUCACGCUGCAAGUCCAUGCCACCGAGGAUGGGGAGGAGCAGCCGCUCGUUCUGAACAUUCGCGAUUCAACAGAAAUGCUGCCAAUUACCAUUAGAGAUCCCAUAAAACAUUUACAAAUGGUGCACGAGGAUUUGCGUAAACAGGACGUAGAUCCUUUAAACGAUAUCGAACUUGUCGAUGAUUUGCCCGAAAUUAAUUCCCUGCAAUCAUUUCAGCACAAUGAGUCGGUUUAUAGCUUGGAGUUUGAGGAAGAUGUGAUGGAACCCGUGCCUGCCUUGGCUGGCCAGCUGCUGAGCAAUCUGAAGAAGCAAAAGAUAUUCGAAAAGUCUGAGACGGACAAACGAGUUAUACAGGAGGCUCUGCAAGGCCUGCUCAACGCCAAGUACUUCUCCCAAUUCACCAAGCACAAUAAUUUCAUCUUCAUGGACUGGAACUCCAUACCAAGCGAUCCGCAAGAGGUCUACUGUGACAAUGAGAUCAUUUAUCUAAGACCCAAUACGGGUCGCAGCAUUACCAUAUUGAUUAUACCGAACAAAGUCGGUUAUUUCCAUCGAUCCCUGACUGUGCGAAUUUGUCCUGCAGUGUCGAAAAGCGACGAUAAUUCCAGUGAGGAGCUAUCCAAAAUGUUCAUCAAAUCCGAGUUCUUGUGCUCCAAACUGUGGUUUGAAUACAACUGCUGUACCCCGGACAUUGAAUGGGUUAACUCUGUAGAUCUGCGAAAUCAAAUCAUCUAUGCGGGUGAAGAUUACGAUUUUGAUAUGACCUUUACUAAUACAUCACAUGUCGGUGGAUUUCUGCACUUUGAUGUUGUUCCCGCUGAGAUGAGUUUUCGCGAUGGCACCUGGAAAUUUUAUUUACCCACCGAUUCGCAGACCACUGCCAAAUGCUCGGUUACUUUUCGCUCUCUGGGCGCCACAAAGCUGUCGGGACUUAUAAGUAUGGUUGGCUCCUCGCGUCCCUUCACAUUUCACCUCUUCGCCAAUGUUCUACCCACCGAAAUAAGGAUUACGCCCACAUUUGUGCAUCAACGUUUACAGGUCUUGGAAGUGCACAAAGUCCACUUCUACAUAGAUAACCAUACGCCGACAAAUACAAAGCUUUCAAUGCGAUUGAAAGAUAGUACCGAUCAGUAUAUAACCUUGAGUGGCAAUAUAUUGGCCGCUACAGGGCAAAGCAUGUACACUACCCUAGUCUCGGUGUUUUCCGACCCGGAUCUAUAUCAGAACAUUUUGUACAUUGAUCUGCAAUUCGAUCAUGUGAUGGAAAUUCCCAUCACCUUUCUCGUUGAAGGGGUGCCCUUGUACUUCGAGCCGAACAUAAGAGAGGGCUUUGAUGCCGGCCUGCUGAUAACCGACCCAGUGGAGCUUUUCCAGGAGAAUGUCUACCGCUAUCGUUUCCCGGUGAAGGUCAUCAACAAGGGUAGACGGUCGUAUCGUCUCGUCAUUACACGCUUGAAGACCUAUAGCGCUUCAAACAGAACCACUGCCUGCGCAACACAAUCCCUAACAGCACGCUUCGACAUGGUACCCAAGCAUCUGUUAAUGCCACCCGAGGGCAUCGACUAUCUGGAGAUACUGGUCAGUGGUAUGGAGCCGGGGGUCUUCUAUGGAGAUUUUAGACUGGAGGUCACUGAUCUUAAGUAUCCCAAUCGCAAACAUGUGAUACGUGUCACAACAAAGGCCACUUUCGUGGACUGCCAGUUGUCCUGGAGUCGCCGUCAGGUAGUCUUCAACUACCAGCGCUGCAAUCCUUUGAAGGAGCGAUCCUAUAUUGAGACACCGGAGCUCAUCAACGCCCACAAUGUGCUCAUUGAUGAGGUCCAUCUGCAAGCGUCGGGACCCUUUCGAAUCAAAGAGCUCUUUGAGCAUGACUAUGAGAAGCACAUAAAAAUCCGUCUAAACCCAUUGGAGCGCAAAGAGAUUUUUAUUGUCCUGAACCGUGCCCAUCUGAAGCAAUUCUAUUGUAAGCAAAUCGAAGGACAUGUCAAUGUGAUUGCUGCCGGGAAACUGCAAAAGUCACUCAAAGUUAAGAUCAAUAUUUUGAUGCCGGAGAUGCGGAUAUUACAGCCGGAGGUGGUGCUGUUUGCUCAGCUUCGUUCCUUCGACACCUUUGUGGAUAUUAUGAAUCUGGGCUGCCUACCCGGCGACUUCAAAUGGCAGCGUUUGGAUGUGAGCGAGCAGUAUAUUGGGGACUUGGACGAUCCUGCCGACUGUGUAGCCGAACUGCUAUCCGAAAUUUUACGCAUGCUCGAAUACAAUUUCAGCUGUGACGACGAACCCAACAUGACGUUACGCUACCAGCAGUGUCGGUGUCAGUUCCAUCAGGAAACUGAAACCAGCAAUCUGGUGCUGGAUAUCAUUGAUGAGAUCAUUAACGAUCUGGAUCUGGCUCAUCGCCGUCUCCUCAUACACAUGGAAGACGUGACGCCAACCUUGGACAACAGCGAACUGCAUAGCUCCACAAGUUUUGUUGAGCGCACCAUCUACGAUAUACUGGACAAGCUGAAUCUGGAGUCCAGUCAGCAGCUAUCGCCGCCCUCCUCGGAAUAUUGCUUUGCCGAACGCUCCAUAUUCUUUUAUGAGAAGUGCGGUGUCUUGGAGGCGGACCAGUCGCUCCAAUGCCUGCUUCAUCUGCCCUACAUACGUCGAGCCCAUGAGAUCAAGGCCAUUUUUCAGUUGAAUGUUGUGGGCGGCAUUAGUCAGUGCCUCUCCGUAACGCUCGUCAAUUUGACGCGACAGAUUCGUUUCCACAAAGACAAUAUAUACCUCAAUGUCAGGCCCUGGUACGAGACCUUCAACACCACAAUACGUUUGACCAACGUAACCCGAUAUCCAUUGCAUUUGCUCAUUGCUGAGCUCAAUCGCGGACCGGCGGAGAAGCGGCUGAUCGAUGGCUUUGCCAAGCUCGUGGACGGCGAUACACUAUACAUGGAGCCCAUGGGCAACGGCAAAAUAAAUGUUUUGGGCAUUCUCGGCUUCAGCGAGAACUUCAAUCGCAACUUCGGCGUGAUCAUCAAUACCACCGCCUCGACCUUCUUCCGAUUGCGGGGUCAGGGCGUGUUGCCCAUUUUGAGCAUGAACACAGAUCUGCCUAGAAUGGAACAGGAUCAGCAGGAGAUCAUGGAGGAAUAUCGUUUGCUACGUAACAUAUACAACUACGAGAUAUUCAAGAGCAUCACAGAGUUCGAUGAGGAACCGAAGGUGUCCAUUGGUGAAGAGGAGGACGGUCUGGACGAAGAUAAAAUAAGCAGCGAUUUCAGUGAGAUUUCACUAUCCGAUGACGAGAUGUCCAGUGAGCGACAGCACUGGCACGAUCUGCAUUUCUUCAAAAUGGUGCAGAGCUAUGUGAUGGUUAUUAACAACCAGGAGCUCCCCAAUGCCGUCGUACUCAAGCAAAUGCUCGAGACAGAGCGCUAUUUGCAACGCCUGCGCAGACAACCGGAACUCUAUGCUAUCCAUAAAAAGGUCUAUCUGGAGUAUGAGAAAGCGUUCAAGGUGGUCAGCUAUAAGCUGCCAACGAGUGUCAAGCACUUCACCGUACAGCCCAUACCCUGCCAACAACAUGGCUAUAUCCUGAACUUGGGCAAGUUGCGCUUAAACUCCCUGCGCCGCUUCGAAUUUCGUCUGCACUUCUUCGGGCCGGGAAAACUAAUUGCCGCCGCACGUACAGCUGUCAAGAUACCGGGGUUGUAUGUCGAUUUUUUGGUGGACAACCAUGAUGAUCUGAAAUUCACGUAUUGGGCCGAAAAGUGCUAUGCCCCCGAGUUCUUUAACAAGAAAUAUCGCAACAUGCUCGAACGUUUGAUGGAUGCCGAGAAGGAUCCAAGGUUGCAGCACGCCCAUUCCUUCGAUAUUGAUGAUUUCAAGAAGCAUCAGCGCGACAUUACGGACACAGAUCGUCGAUUAAUAGAUGAGUAUUACAACAGCCUCAAUCUUUCGGUCUAUCCAGACCACAAGCAUCACUUUAUGUUGGCCAAGAUAUAUACGAGCCACCAUUCCAACUUUUCGGGCAUUGACUUGCGUGUUGUUGGACUUUACAAGCCCGAAUCAAAAUACUACGAGGUGGGGCAGUUACUGGAAGAUUUCAUUUAUAUAGAUUUGCAUUUGGGGCCAACAUUGCCAAUUCUGCUACGCGGAGUUAUGGCCAACGAAUGAGAUGCUAUGAUGUCUCUUACUAUUUUUUUUUUAAAUGUAACUUUUAAGGCUGAACAAUAAAAAGAAGCAUUUCUUUU